AUGUUUAAUCAUCAAAAAGAUAGUAGUAGUAGAACGACAAAAGAAGAGGAUGACGAUGAAGAUGAAUGCAAUAUAGAUGAUACUGUAGUCAUUGAACAUUCACCUCAAAUAUCUACGUUGGAGUUUGACCAUUCUGCAUCGUACCUAGCAGUGGGUUAUUCAAACGGUUCGAUAUCGAUUAUGCGUGUAGCCACUACAAACCUAAACUAUAUGAAUACUCUCGACUUGGACGCUGCUUCAAUAUCAUCGUCGUCGUCAUCAUCAUCAUCGUAUAGUCUAAUUGACGGCGAGACGACAGAGAUUGAAGAUGAAAACAACGACGACGACGAUAUGUUUAUGAUGGACGACGACUACAUUGGAACAAAAAAGAAAUUUAAAAUAGAUUCUUUUAAUAAUAGUAUACCAUCACCACCACAACAAUAUUAUAAAAAACAACAACAUCAACAACAUCAACAACAACAACAAUUUAAAAAUAGUAAUAUUAAUAGUAAUAAUAGUAAUAAUAUUGGUUCAACUACAUUAUCAUAUGAAUUGGUAUUUUGUUUUCAAGCUCAUGAAUCAGAUGUAAUACAAAUAAAAUGGUGGAAGGGAACAUGCUCGACAUUGUUGUUCCUUUCAAGUAGUGUCAGUUCGACCAAGUUGUGGAGAUUCAAUGAUUUGUCGUCCAUGAUGAAUUCUCGAGAGAGUCCCACUUUGGUAUCAUCGUCUUCAACCUCUUCAUUGGUUGGAAAGAAAAAGAGAUGGAGUCAAUACGAUGGGUUGGAUUCAAACAACUCUUCCUCCAACAACACCAACAAUAUACCAUUUACAGAUCUUUCCAAAAAGUUGAGGUUCACUCUUAAACGAACCUAUGAAAAUGAAGAAAUAUUCAAUAUCAAUUCCAUCAGUAUCAAUAGUGAUUGUCAAACCUUUAUUUCUUCAGAUGAACUAAGAGUUUAUCUUUGGGAUUUAAAUGUUAAUCAACAAUGUUUUAAUAUUAUAAAUUUAAAACCAACCAAUAUUCAAUUAUUAAAUGAAGUGAUUAGAGUAACUGAAUUUCAUCCACAACAUUGUAAUCAAUUGGUGUAUGGAACGAGUAGAGGGUCGGUCAAGUUGUGCGAUCUUAGGACAUCGGCGCUAUGUAAUGAUUUUUCAAAGGUUUAUGUGCCACAACAAAUCAAUGAAUCAACCUUUUCCGAUUAUUUAAAUUCAAUACUCGAUCUUAGGUUCAGUCCCGACGGGAGAUACUUUGCGACUAGAAACCUAGAAUCAUUAUCGAUUUGGGACAUGAAUAUGGAAAAUCAACCCAUCGCAACCUACAACCUAUACAAUCAAAAUUAUCUACAUUCCAAACUUUAUGAUAUGUACGAAUCAUCUACUUUUGUUGGUAAAUUUCCUUGCUGUUUUAUUAAUCAAGAACAAGUAAUAACAGGAUCAUAUGAUAAUAAAAGUUUGGUUUGGAAUCCAUUUAGUUCUGAUAGUUUUAUCAUUGAUAAUAAUAAUAAUGCUGGAAAUGGAAAUUAUGUAAAUAAUAAUAAUAAUGGUAUGGUCGAUGAACACGAUACCAUCAUUCCAUCAGAUUUUAAUUGUCAAUUAUUAAAAGAUGGUGAAGGCGACGAUCUUUCAACAACAACAUCUUCUUCUUCUUCCUCAUCAAAAUAUAAUAAUACACCACCUUUAAAUUCUUCUUCUACUUCUUCUUCUUCUUCAUCCUCUUCAACAAAUACAUUCACAACACAAUCAUCAGUCUCGGCAGUGACCAAUAACCCUGUAGAUACAAAUCAACGCGUAAUAGUUAAACCUUGGUCCAUUUAUAAUGCCUCUUCUCCAUCCUCAUCACCUGUAAAUAGUCAACAACAACUCAAUCACAAGCUCUCUAUUAAAAAGUUUAAUGAAGAGUCUAUCAGAUCCAUACACUCUAUGAACAAUCUUAUUGCCAUGAGUGAUCAAAACCAAAUUUAUAUUUAUUCAACUCUCAAUGUUGCCAAUGAUUCAAUUCAUAAAGGAGCAUAA